UCUACGUGAGAGAGGAAGAAAGAGGGGAAGGCUUGCUAGAGUGGAAGUGUUGGGUCUGAAAGGGACGGGGUUAUUAUUCUCGCUGCUUGUUUCCACCUCCUUGUCCUGGCUUGAGCUCGAACGGUAAAAUGGAGGCGGAAAGAUCCGGCGGAGUAGCGGGAGGAACGAACCAGAACGCUGGAGGGAGCGGCGUGGGGCGCAAUCCGAACGGGCCGAAAUCAGGACUCGGGCAGGCGACAACAACAGCGGCCGCGGCGGCAGCAGCAGGGGCGAUGGCUGGAUCGUCGCAGCCUCGGGAAUCGCAAGACGGGGACGCAGGCCUAUCGCUUCCUGGGAUCUUGCACUUUAUCCAGUUCGAAUGGGGACGAUUCCAGGCCGAGAAAUACCGCUGGGAAGCCGAAAGGGACGAACUCAGGGCUCAGGUGGCGUUCCUCCAGGGCGAGAGGAAAGGCCAGGAGAACAUGAAGCAGGAUCUGGUCAGGAGGAUCAAGAUGCUGGAGUAUGCCCUCAAACAGGAGAGGUCCAAGCACCAGAAGCUGAAGACAGGGAGUGACCAGAGUCCAGAGGACAAGAGACCAGAGGAGGCGGAGCAAAUACCCAAUGGGCCUGCAGAGACUGACUCUGAGCCAGCCAAUCAGAUGUCAUGGAAGGAGGGUCGGCAGCUACUGAGGAAGUACCUGGAGGAGGUGGGCUACUCAGACACUAUCCUGGACAUGCGUUCUAAGCGGGUGCGCUCUCUCCUGGGCCGGACCAGCCCAGAGGCCAACGGGCCCGCCCCGAGCGAGCCCCCCCCAGACCCAGAGCCCCUGGCAGGGGGGGAGUCUCUCCUGGUCAGACAGAUCGAGGAGCAGAUCAAGAGGAAUGCAGGGAAGGAGAACUCCAAAGAGCAUCUCGGAGGCUCAGUGUUGGACAAGAUCCCCUUCCUGCACGGAUGUGAGGAUGACGAUGAGGAUGACAGCGACGAGGAGGAUGACUUCCAGGGCAUGGGCACGGACUGCAUCGACGGCUCCCGCAAGACCAAGAAGCCUCGCGUCAAGAUGGGUUUGGAGCCUAUGACCACAGAGUUGGACCCUGAGGAUGAUGAAGAUGAAGAUGACUCGGAAGAUGCCCUCGGCGAGUUUGACUUCCUGGGCUCGGGGGAGGAGGGGGAGGGGGCAGGAGAGGCCCGCAUCUCCGGUGAUGGACGGGAGCUAGAGGACCGUAGGAACCAGCUCCAGGGCAUGAUGUCGGACUUCCCCCCCAAACCCUCCCCGCCCCCCUCAGUCUCAGGACAGUCUCGCUCCGGCGAAGGUGGCGCUCUGGGUUUUUCCUCUGACGUCUUCAUCCUAGAUGCCGUCGGGGGUGGAGACAUGAACCUGGGCGAGCUGGCUGACCUUACUGUCGCCAAUGACAACGACCUCUCCAUGGACAUGCAGGAUAACCGGGAGGAGUUUAAGAAGACGUGGAACCCUCGUUUCACCCUGCGGAGCCACUUUGACGCCAUCAGGGCGAUGACCUUUCACCCCGAACACCCGGUGCUCAUCACAGCCUCCGAGGACGGAACACUCAAGCUGUGGAACCUCAACAAGGCCAUGCACUCCAAAAAGAACGCAGCACUGGAUGUUGAGCCCAUCUACACGUUCAGAGCACAUAGCGGGGCAGUACUGUCUCUGGCCAUGGGGGGUGAGGGGGACUCGUGUUAUAGUGGAGGUCUGGAUGGAACUGUACGCUGCUGGAAGAUUCCAGACCUGAACGUUGACCCCUACGACAACUACGACCCAGGCAUAGAGAGCAGUGUGUUGGCAGGCCACGAAGACUCUGUGUGGGGUCUGGCGUACUCUGCCCCCCUCCAGCGCCUGGCGUCCUGCUCCGCAGACGGGACUAUCCGUCUCUGGGAUCCACAGAACUCCUCCCCCUGCAUAUCUGUCCUCAACAAGGAAAGAGAGCACGGCACGCCGACCUCUGUGGCGUUCGUGACCUCUGACCCCUCCCAGGUGGUUGUGUCGUUUGACGGCGGCGAGACGCUGCUGUACGACCUUAACACAGAGCAAAGCAUCAUGGUCCUGGAGACCCAAACCAAGGACGGCAGCGAGCUGAUUAACCGUGUGGUUAGCCAUCCCUCUGAGCCCAUCUCCGUCACAGCACAUGAGAACCGCACUAUCCGCUUCCUUGACAACAAGACGGGUAAAGUGGUCCACUCCAUGGUCGCCCAUCUCGAUGCAGUCACCUGUUUGACCACGGACCCUAAAGGCACUUACCUAAUCUCUGGGAGUCAUGACUGCUCAGUGCGUCUGUGGAUGCUGGACAACAGGACGUGUGUCCAGGAGAUCACCGCCCACAGGAAGAAGCAUGACGAGGCCAUCCACGACGUGGCCUUCCAUCCCUCCCAGCCCUUUAUCGCCAGUGCCGGGGCCGACGCACUCGCCAAGAUCUUUGUCUGAGGAAGAGGAGGAGACAGAGGAUGGGACCAUGCCAUCAUCAUCAUCAUCAUGCUUACAUGCCAAUACAAACACAUAAACACACUUUUUCUGAGACAAAUGCUGAAACACGUACACACACACACACUGAACUGUGUCCUGCAGCCCACUGGUUGGGUUGCCACAGGACUUCAUUUCCCCAUCCUUUUUUAGUCCCAUAAUGCCUCAGUAACUUGCUGUGAUACUACUAAUCAUUCUGCUUUUCAACAAACUCACUGGGCUGCUCUGUGGUUGAUUAGCUAGGUCUGGACUAGACCGCUCUGCACUACACCACUCUGGUAUGUUCCCUAUAUCUGCCAGUUGCUAUGACACACAGUGCUUUGGAACUGGUGACACUAAGCAUGCCCGUGCAGACCAAAACAUACACCCGUACACACGCGCACACACACACACUAUACUUCCUUGUUCCGUUAAAAGCCUGUUUUCGUUUUAAGAAACACACCCGUUGCAAACCUGUGUCUAAGUUCCUCAACACUGCUCAGUUAGGCAGCGAGGGCCAUCACCAAGGGGAGGCACAUCUCCAAACACUCUCCAGUGCUAGGUAGUUAGUUAGCUGGUCAGGGUGGGUAGGUUAGUCGUCUGGAUGGUUAGUUAUGCUAGUUAGCCAGGAUAGGUGUGUGUUCUGAGAAGGUUCCUUAACAGUGUAUGGAUAAUCAGCUUUACUUUCAUUCUCUUGGACCAGACUGAGUUGAAUGGUGUUCUAUGUUCCGGACAUUUCAUGAAUGUAUGUGUGUGUGUCUGAGUGCUUGUGUGAAAGAUGGCUUGUUACACUGCACAAUAUGACUUAUAAACAGUCCUUUCUUUGCUUCUGAAGAUUGUAGUCUUAUCUUCAUCAUCAUCACUAUUAUCCCCACCUAUUGCUACGGGAGGGAGGGA